AUGCACCAACAAGCCUACAUUGGAAAGGGUCAGUCCAUUCUGUCUAGUGGACAAAUGGAACACUUCAAGAUCGUCGUGGACGACAAGUCUACCAAAGUUGGUGGUCAACAACGCUUGACAACACCAGAUGGCUUUGUCUUACCACUUGACAUCAGGAAUGGCCUUCCAUACCUACAAAUGCGACCACCAACAGAUCGAGAACUGAGUAAUCCUGACAUUCCACAUGUCGUACUCACCUCUGACACUGAUUGGGAUCCAAGUGUACUGGAUCAUUCGAUCGAGGAUACGGAAGAAUGGGCAAAGUCCGUCCCUGACUACGACUCUGAGGAUGAAGAACGUCCGUUUGAUCUUGUAGGAGUCCUUAAGAAUAAUAAGGCUGUUACUUCUUUCAAGGAAUCUAAACUAGAUGAAACUAUUGAUUAUUUUGAGAAUUUCAAUUGUGUUCUUCCGACUGAUGGACUGUACGAGCAGCACCAUCGAGCAUGUGAAGACCUUACAUGGUUUGAAUGCAACAUGGCUGAUCUAUUUGGCUUUGGUGCAGCACCAGAAGAUUCACCCAUCCCUGAGUGUUUCGAGGUCUAUGAGGCUCGUAAGCGUCCUUCAGUGCUGUUUGACCCAGGACAACCAGUCAACUACGAUAUCGAAUCAGCUCCUUUGGAAGCCAAUUCUUUCAAGGACCUCAUACUCGAUUCGGACAAGCCGACCCUGAGGCGCAGCCCACGCCAUAAGGCUAGGAAGACACCUCAUGGGGAGUCAGGUCGUCCUCCACCGCCAAGAGUACAUUUCGAUGAUACUCUGACUGACGCACCACCGGUCUACGCCACGGCAGGCCCUAAGACUAAGAAGCGUCAACGCGAUUGGGAAAAGCUACGGCAAUACUUUGCGUGGCUGCCUAAACUAGUGAUUCAGAAAACUUUUGACUGUACUACUCAGUUUGCUAGAAUUCCAAUGAGUGCUCACUUGCAGCGACACUUUCGUUCGCCUUUUCCAGCACUCAAUGUUCAACGUCGUGACGAACCCGUCGCUACUGAUACCGUAUUUGCGGAUACGCCUGACAUUGAACAUGGUCACGUCGCCGCACAAUUCUUCGUUGGUACGCGAUCACUUGUGAGCGACCUCUAUGGUGUCUCCACCGAUGGACAAUUUCUGCAGACACUGCAAGAUAACGUCCGCAAGCGAGGUGCUCCUACCAAACUUGUGAGUGAUCGUGCACGAGCCCAAACGUCAAAGGCUGUACAAGACUACUUACGAUGGUUGUUCAUCGAUGAUUGGCAGAGUGAGCCACACCGACAGAACCAAAACCCAGCCGAACGACGCUACCAAGAUAUCAAACGACUCGCUAAUAGAGUAAUCGAUAGAACAGGUGCCCCACCUAGUCUAUGGCUUUUAGCCUUCCGUUAUGCCUCGUUUGUAUACAACCACAGCGCCGUCGAGAGCCUUGGAUGGCUUACACCCCUUCAGGUCCUCACCGGGACCACCCCUGAUAUAAGUGUAUUGCUACGUUUUCAAUUUUAUGAGAAGGUAUACUUUAAACUUCAGGAGCCUAGUUUUCCAUCCGACUCUCCGGAGGCCAUAGGAUACAUGGUUGGCAUUGCAGAGCAUGUUGGCCACGCAAUGACCUACAAAGUUCUCGACCCAAAGACCAAUACUGUUCUUUAUUGGUCUGAGCUACGUAGUGCCCAAUCACCUACGGACCCCAACAAGAGCCUUGAAGCAUCUGAUGGGGAGGAACCGACACCCCCUACUAUCAUUAAAUCUUAUUCUGAUAAAGUUCCUGAUGAUAACUUGUCUUUAAUCUAUGAUAGAGAUGAGAAGCUGCGUUCAGAUGACGCCAAGGCCUUGGUCCACAACCGUGAUCUUAUCGAAAAGACAACCAGCCAAUCUGAGCACAUCCAAUUCCGUGUAAGUGUCAAUGACGAUGAGUACGAAGACGUCAUGGCCUACAACGAGAUCCUGGAGAGACUCGAGGCUGACCAGGAGAACCCAACUGUCUGGAAAUUCAAACGGAUUGCCGGACAUCAGGGACCACUUCACCCAAGUCAUCCAUCGUACAUGGGAUCCAAGUACAAUGUGACUAUGGAGUGGGAGAAUGGGGAGAUCACUCCUGAGCCACUGAGUGUCAUAGCCAAAGAUGACCCAGUCGCCUGUGCUAUCUAUGCUAGAGAUAAUAACUUAUUAGACCAUGAUGGUUGGAAACGUUUUAGAUCUAUAGCUAAUAGGCAAAAGAAGCUCCUGAGAAUCGUAAAUCAGGCCAAGCUUCGAUCGUUCCGUACUGCACCCAGGUACAUGUAUGGAUUCGAAAUCCCGAAGGACUACAAGGAUGCUCUUCGUCUGGAUCGGAUCCAUGGCAAUACUAAGUGGCACAACUGUACGAAGUUGGAAAUGGACCAACUUGCCGAAUAUAAAGUGUUUGUAGAUAUUGGCAAGGGAACUCCAAUUCCAAAGGGAUUCCAAAAGAUCCGAGUUCACCUUGUGUACGCCUGCAAACAUGACGGCAGACACAAAGCCCGACUUGUGGCAGAUGGCCACCUGACUUCGGUACCCGUCGAUAGUGUAUACUCCGGCGUGGUUUCCAUUAGAGGCCUGAAGCUAAUGAUCUUCCUUGCCGAACUAAACGACCUGGACCUAUGGGCUACAGAUAUUGGUAAUGCCUACCUAGAAGCUUAUACUAGUGAGAGAGUAGCUAUUGUAGCAGGACCAGAGUUUGGGGAGCUAGAAGGACACACACUUCUUGUCUCUAGAGCUCUCUACGGACUUCGCUUGAGCGGAAAAAUGUGGCAUCAGAGAUUUUCGGCAUGUCUAGAGGAAGAAGGAUUCUUCCCUUGCAAGGCCGAGCCAGAUAUCUGGAUGCGUCCCACCCCUGAUGGGAAGUCGUAUGAGUUCUGGACCACUGGAAUUCCAUCUAGGAUGCGAUUUUUUCGAGACAAACAAGGCGUGCUUUGCAUGUGCCCUCGAAGAUACAUCGAUCGAAUGGUAGAUACGUACCAACGAAUGUUUGGCCAAAAGCCAAGGACCAAUGUGACGUCGCCCCUUGAAAAGGGAGACCACCCCGAAUGUGACACAUCCGAACUUCUGGAUGAGGAAGGUGUCACUCGGUACCAGUCAUUGGUCGGUCAACUUCAAUGGGCUAUCUCUCUUGGACGCCUGGACAUAGCGACCGCAGUUAUGACCAUGUCGAGCUUUCGCUCCGCGCCAAGACAAGGCCACCUUGAUCGAGCCAAGCGAAUCUGUGGCUACCUUCUGAAGAUGAAAAACGCAGCCAUUAGAUUCCGAACCGGGCUACCAGACUACACUGACGUAACUGAGCCAGUCUAUGACUGGGCAGACUCAGUAUAUGGCUGUCCUACCGAACAGAUCCCUACUGAAGCACCAACACCGUUGGGCAAAUCAGUAAUCCUGACUCACUACGUGGACGCCAACCUAUUCCACUGCAUGUUGACUGGUAGAUCCGUAACAGGUAUUCUACAUAUGAUUAAUGGAACACCUAUUGAUGCCUUUUCAAAGAAGCAAGCUACCGUGGAGACUGCCACAUACGGCUCCGAAUUUGUCGCAGCCCGUACCUGUGUGGAACAAAUCAUGGACCUACGAUUCACACUGAGAUACCUCGGUGUUCCUAUUCAGGGACGUAGCUACAUGUUUGGAGAUAAUGAGUCUGUUGUUAACAGCUCAUCUCGACCAGAUGCAAAAUUGCACAAACGACAUGUCGUGUUGUCGUUUCAUUGUGUUAGAGAGGCUGUAGCAUCCAACAUGCUUUCUUUUCUACACAUCAAUGGUGUCAAAAACCCGGCUGAUAUCCUAAGCAAGCAUUGGGGAUAUCAACAGAUAUGGCCGCAGCUACGUACACUACUCUUUUGGGUAGGUGACACAGCUGGCGAGGACUAG